AUGAGCCAGGACACCGAGGUGGACAUGAAGGAAGUGGAGCUGAACGAGUUGGAACCCGAAAAGCAGCCGAUGAACGCGGCGUCGGGGGCGGCGGUGGCUGUGGUUGUGUCGGGCGGCGCCGAGAAGAACGGUCUGGUGAAGCUCAAGGUGGCCGACGACGAGGCGGAGGCGGCGGCCGCAGCCAAGUUCACGGGCCUGACCAAAGAGGAGCUGCUGAAGGUGGCGGGCAGCCCCGGCUGGGUGCGCACCCGCUGGGCCCUGCUGCUGCUCUUCUGGCUCGGCUGGCUUGGCAUGCUGGCGGGCGCCGUGGUCAUCAUCGUGCGGGCGCCGCGCUGCCGCGAGCUGCCGGGGCAGAGGUGGUGGCACAAGGGCGCCCUCUACCGCAUCGGCGACCUGCAGGCCUUCCAGGGCGGCGACGCUGGCAGCCUGGCGGGCUUGAAGAAGCAUCUCGACUACCUGAGCACCCUGAAGGUGAAGGGCAUUGUGCUGGGCCCAAUUCACCAGAACCAGAAGGAUGAUGUCAGUGGGACCAACUUGGAACAGAUCGACCCCGCUUUUGGCUCCAAGGAAGAUUUUGAUAGUCUCCUGCAAUCGGCCAAGAAAAAGAGCAUCCGUGUCAUUCUGGACCUCACCCCCAACUAUAGGAGCCCAAACUCAUGGUUCUUCCCCACUGAGAUUGGCACUGUGGACUCCAUGAUGAAGAAUGCUCUGAACUUUUGGCUACAGACUGCCCUAGAUGGGUUCCAGGUUCGGGACAUGGAGAACCUGAAGGAUGCGUCUUCACUCUUGCCUGAGUGGCAGAACAUCACCAAGAGCUUCAGUGAAGAUAAGCUCUUAAUUGCAGGUACUGAGUCCUCGGACCUUCAGCAGAUCCUGCACCUACUGGAAUCCACGAAGGACCUGUUGUUGACUAGCUCAUACCUGUCAAACUCCAGUUUUACUGGGAAGCAUGCAGAAGUGCUGGUCACCCAGUAUUUGAACACCACUGGCAGUCACUGGGGCAGCUGGAGUUUGUCUCAGGCAGGACUCCUGACUUCCUUUGUGCCGGCUCAGCUCCUUCGACUCUACCAGCUGCUGCUUUUCACCCUGCCAGGGACCCCGGUUUUCAGCUAUGGGGACGAGAUUGGCCUGGAGGCAGCUACCCUGCCUGGACAGCCUGCAAAGGCCCCAGCCAUGCUCUGGGAUGAAUCCAGCUUCCCUAACACCUCAGGACCUGUAAGCGCCAACAUGACUGUGAAGGGCCAGAACGGAGACCCUGUCUCCCUCCUCUCCUUGUUCCGGCGCCUGAGUGAUCUGCGGGGCAAGGAGCGCUCCCUGCUGCAUGGAGACUUCCAUGCCCUCACCUCAGGGCCGGACAUCUUCUCCUAUAUCCGCCAGUGGGACCAGAACGAACGUUUCCUGGUAGUGCUCAACUUUGGGGGUGUGAGCCGACCUGCCAGGUUGGGUGUGUCCAGCCUGCCCGCCAGCGCCAGCCUGCCAGCCAGGGUGGAUAUGGUGCUCAGCACCCAGCCAGGCCCAGGCCGUGAGGAGGGCACCUUUCUUGAGCUGGAACACCUGAACCUGGAGCCCCACGAGGGGCUGCUGCUCCGCUUCCCCUAUGUGGCCUGACCGGGACCCACUAUCCUUCCCCUUUCUUCCACAGGCUCUUCGAAGUUGUGGUUUCUCUCUUUCUCUCUUUUUUUUAGUGUCGUGGAUUACAAGUGAACCCCCAAAUACGGUGUUUAUUGGCUUCAAAUAAAAGUCAUCCCUGCCUAGCAAG